UGCCUAUGGCGCCGGCCUAUAUUUAUAAACUGGCAGUAAAUAAAUUAGCUAUUGAAAAUGGGCGAUGUAAAUUGUAAAUGUUGUAAAUUGUAACUAGAGUGUUUUAAGUUGCUCUGAAUGUUUGAUUCCGAUAUUUAGCCCACAUAAUGUCCCGGGCUUGCUCGACGUGUGGAAGUAGUGACAUCGAUUUUGAUCCUUCUCGUGGCGAUACAUUUUGUACAAAUUGUGGGUCUGUGUUAGAGGAGGGAGCGAUAGUCACUGAAGUUGGCUUUCAAGAAACUAGUGCUGGUGGAACGAGCGUUAUUGGUCAAUUUGUGUCCAGUGAAGGUAAUAAAGUUGGUCAAGGUUUUGGAUUUAGACAAGGCUAUGGACGAGAGUCAAGGGCUAUCACAUUAGAAAAUGGCAAAAAGCGUUUGGCAGCACUCGCUAAUCAGCUUCAGUUGAAUAAUCAUUGUGUUGAGAGUGCAUACAUGUUUUUAAAACUUGCUGUAAGCAAGCGAUUGACAAAAGGAAGAAGGACAGGUCAUGUAGCUGCAGCGUGCCUUUAUUUGGUUUGUCGAACUGAGAAAACACCUCACCUUCUCAUUGAUUUCAGUGAUGUCUUGCAAGUCGAUGUUAUGACUUUGGGAAAGGUCUACCUAAAACUUCAGCAUGAAUUGUGCAUAAAUCUUCCUGUUCUUGAUCCAUGCUUGUACAUUCAUCGCUUUUGCCACAAGUUCCAAUUAGGCGAAAAGGAAAACGAGGUCGCCAACACAGCUCUACGACUUGUCAGUCGCAUGAAACGGGAUUGGAUCCAAUAUGGUCGACGUCCUUCAGGCUUAUGUGGGGCGGCAAUACUGGUGUCAGCCAGACUUCAUGGUUUCAGUAGAACGAUCAAGGAGGUGGUAAAAGUUGUACGCUUGAGCAACACGACAAUCCGAAAGAGAUUGGGUGAUUUCAAAAAGACUCCAUCGGGACAGCUUACUAUUGACGAGUUCAAUACUAUCGACCUGGAAGAGGAACAAGAUCCGCCAUGUUUUACCGAAGGAAGAUUGAAGCAGAAACAACAACAGUUGGGAGAGUUGAAUGAUAAUGAGAAACAAAAUUUGGAUGGUGAAUUGGAAGAUUUGAGACGUCAGAUCGAUGAAAGACUUAACAAGACUAAAUCGCAAAGGGAUACCUCGAAAACGUAUGGCUCACAAUGUGCAGAUUCCGAUGUGUUAAGUGAGUGCUCUGCAGAUGUUAACGAAGAGCGAUGGGACCCUUCACAACAGAGUACAGACAAUUUGCUAACAUCGGAAGCAUCCAGAUCCGUUGAUGCCAGUUAUGCUGAAGAGAUAAGUGAUAACGGUUUAACUGCCGGAGUAAGCGAUGAUAUCUCGAAUGAAAUGGGUGAUGUUGAUGAUUUUGGUAUUCAAGGAAGCACGAACGGUUCUUGUUCGAUAGCCAAUUGCAGCUCAAGUGAAUUGGUAAAUAAAACAAAUGACGUGGAAAUAGGCGAAGAUUUGAGUGGCUCGCAUAAUAUCGGAGAAAAGAAUUCUUAUGAUGAUUCUGCUAACGGGGAUAUUUUGAAAUUACGACAGGAAAAUGACUCAGCUAUCCGCAUGGUUUCUAAUUCCAUGAAUGAUUCGUUGUUAGAAAGUAGUCUUCGGAAAGACGAUGAUAAAGAAGAAGUCGUCGAAGAAAAGCUGGAUGAUCUCGACGAAGAUGAAUUAGACAAUUUUAUUUUGACUAAAACAGAAGUUGAAGUGAAGACGAAAAUUUGGAUGGAGGAAAACAAAGAGUAUUUAGAAAUGAUUAAAGAAAAGCAGGAAAGAGAAGCGGAAGAAAGAGAACGAGAAGAGGCAGAUCCUAACAAAAAGAAGCGUCGCAAGCCUUACAAACGUAAGACGAAAGAGAAAGCGAAUUCUGUUGGCGAAGCAGUGGAAAAGAUGUUGAUAGAGAAGAAGAUUUCAAACAAAAUAAAUUAUGAUGUUUUACGUAAUCUAAAUAAAGACACGGAGCUCGAGAAACCUUCGGCAUGUGAAGAGCCAGAGCGGACAAAUUUUGCAGCGGUUGCUAACCUUAUUCAGGCAGUGAAACCUAUCAUCCCUGUCAGAUAUACCGGAAGGAAAAGAGAUAGAAGUGUACUUCCCAUCUUGCCAACAAAAAAAAUGAAGUACAUUGACAGCAUCACCGACCGAAACGCAAUCGAAUCGCCAAAAGUCGAUAGCAGUUUGGUGGUAGAGAAUGGUCCAGUUAACUACGAAGAUCAGGAGUGCGAUCAUGAUGAAGUCGACAAUGAGGGUGAUUCACAUUUGAGUGCUGUGCAAUUAAUGGGACAGGAAUAUGGUCAGGAUGAAGCUGAUGGCUAUGAUGAUUUCGACCACUACUGAAAGUCUUAGAAUGUGCUCUACCAUUGGGAUCGUCAUGUGCUGGUGAAUGAGUGGAUUAAUAAUACGUGGGUUUAGUACAAAUGCAUUGGUUUAGAAAUAAAUUUUUCAACUACUCUAUAAUUUACUUGUAAUUAGUGUAUCAUAAAAUUUUUGUAGUGUUGCAAAGAAUAAUUGGUGGUAUGUUCAAACUAUAAAAAUUUCAUUUUGUGCUACUGCUGCUGCAGACGUCGCAAUUGUUGUUGACGUAUAGACGUUAGCCCGUUGUAGAUUUUAUUGGAAGUCUUAGCGUCAUUGACAAUGUUGACAUACAUUAUUAAUUAUAUUGACAAUAUUCAUGGUAUAUACAUUAUUAUAAAAUGCCAAA